ACAUCAGGUUUUUAUAAUUUCAAACCAGUGUGCAGCGGUGGGGCAAAGGUUUCACGAAUAUGCGUGUCAAAGUGGCGCCGAGAGGAGCGAGAGAUUGCACGCGGGGUGCCUUAAAUGGAAAUGCCUCUGGCUUGUCCUCGAUCGCGAUCUUUCUCCUUCUCCUGUUUUCUCUUCGCGACUUCCCUCACCUCGACUCGUCGGGUCCAGCUCCGUUUCGUUCUUUUCUACGGGACUUUCUUUUGCUCCCGAUAGUCGUCGUUCGAGUCGUGCCGCUAAUUUUCAACGUCGUCUGUCGCGUGUCGCCUUCUCCUCGCCCCGACACGCCCGCGCUGCCGAUAUGCCGAGAGCAACAUAUUUUUAAUUGACCAUACGUAAUACGAAUCACUUUUGAAAUCUACAAAGGCGAGCGCCUUCGAACGAGUUUUCGACUGGAGCCAAUUCCGCCAAUCGAUUAGCAAUACUCUCGGCAAUACGUUCAGAUACAAUGAUUCGCGAAGCUCUUGCUUUCGUUCAUGUUCUCGCGACUCUCGUUUUUUUUUUUUUUUUUUGUUGUUUCUGACCUUGCGAAAGAUUUACAGGUCAUCUGCAUACAGCAACUGUAGUUGUCGCAAGUGGAAGCCGAUAAAUUAAAUACGAGAGCGUCAAGGUGAGAAUCCUAGGGUAUCCCGCGCAUAGUACUCGAGUGUCUUUAAAAUGUAGCUAGAUACCGAAAAGAGCGUAUCGAAUCUCGACGGAAAUACGAGCACUUUUUCAGGAAACUCGAGGAAUGUUGCACAAGUGGUUUUUGAAAUGACGGAUUCGGUUAUAUUACCGACACCUUGGGUUGCACCUCGAGGCUCGUAACCAGCGUUUCAAGAAGUACGAUUGGUUGCAUAGAACGAGGGUAUACCUACAUCCGUAUAUAAACGGUUCUCGCUAUUUCCGUGGGUUUCUUCAUCCUCUGGCGUUUCUCGAAUGCGUUCUUUGUUGCGAUUGUUAUCGCCGGUUGAUCAUAGAGUCGAAAAGUCGCGACGACUUUGAAUAGAGAUGUAUCGGCGAACAUUUUUUCUAUGUGUUUUGUGUUCUCUUUCUCAUGGUCGUUUUAUCUCCAUCUAUGACACCGAUUCGAAGCAUACAGCGGAACUGCUCUCUCAGGAUAGGAACCUUUUCGUCCGUUCAACCGUAUCGUCAGCGUCUUCGAGUUGCGAUGGACCGAGCGACAAAGGAGGACGCUGCGAGUAUCUCGUCAAGUGUUUUAUCGACGAGUACCGCUCGAACUUUGAGCUCGCGAUGAAUCACUCUUGCACGAUCGAUGGGAGGUAUCUCGGCGCUUGUUGUCCCGAUCGUCUGAAUGGACCUAAUGAAGAAAACUCUGUCGCUGAGGACAGUUUCACCAGCAUUCUACCACUCGUUGCUGUCGUCGAUGAAGAAUCAAACGAGUCGAAAGUCGACGGGAACGCGGGCAGAAUCGUUUGGCAGGAACCUGACGACGCGUCGACGUCAACGGAGGUGUACAAGAAUUCCGAGAGAUCCAGAGGAUGCGGAACGAAUAUCAAAACACGAAGCAGAUUGGUGGGCGGCCGACCAGCCGAUCCCAAACAAUGGCCCUGGAUGGUAGCUCUUCUCAAAAAGGACGGCAACCGUUACUGCGGCGGGGUCCUUGUCACCGACCGGCACAUUUUGACCGCCGCGCAUUGCGUGUACAGAUACAGCCCCCGGGACAUCAAAGUCAGACUCGGAGAAUACGAUUUCUCGACCGCGGAGGAGACCAGAGCUCUGGACUUAUUCGUGUCCGAAAUACGCGUUCAUCCCGACUUUGAUUACACCACGUACGAUAACGAUAUAGCGAUACUAAAGUUGCAUCGACCGACCGUGUUCAACGAUUACAUCUGGCCCAUCUGUUUGCCGCCGAUAGACCAGACCUUCGAAAAUAAGAACGCCAUCGUGACCGGUUGGGGUAGUCGCUUCUACGGAGGUCCUGCUAGCGCGGUUUUGAUGGAGGUCAGCGUUCCGAUUUGGAAGCAAGAGAGGUGCGUUCAAAGUUUCGUUCGACGAAUUCCCAGGACGGUGAUCUGCGCUGGCGCGUACGAGGGUGGUCGCGAUGCUUGUCAAGGUGACUCGGGCGGACCGCUCCUCCAUCAGCUCGACAACGGGAGAUGGAUCAACGUCGGGAUCGUGUCUUGGGGGAUGCGAUGCGGUGUGGCAGGACGGCCUGGAAUAUACACGCGGGUCAGUUCUUACCUCGACUGGAUAUUCCAGAACGCCGUUUUCUGAGGAUUCUCGCGGCAUCGAUGGCGGAGGAACAGGUCCUAGGCGCGAUACAACACCGGCUGACUUUCAAAAACGAUGAAACUUUAUUUCCGGAAUACCGACCGUUACAACGUUACAAGAGAUUGACACGAAUAGAGAGAAAUUCGAUCGUUAAGAGACGCCGUGGUCAAUCGCGCCACGGAGAGCGAUUCCCGUACUUUCUUUUGCCGCGCAUCGAGCGCGUAGCGAAGCGUUCAGUUCAGGGUGUCCCUCGCCCAAAGCUCCAUCGUUCGGCAGGUGGUUCCCGUACGAGGUCCAGCCUCUAUUCGCUGUAACGCUUUUGUACACCGAUGCCUAACUUUAACUCGUCG